UGUGUAAUGUUUAUUUUUGGGGCUGUAGUUUGCAGCGGCAUACAAGUGAGCAGGAUCAUACUGAGAUAGUCCCAACUGUUAUGACACAGUACAUCCACAACAUGUUGUAAUGUUAAGGCUGAUCAUGAAAAGUAUUUUUUUGUACAGUGCAUUUUUCUUCCAAAGUUUCUAAUGUUUUUUUCAAAUUGACAUUAAGUCUCGCAGUGUUUUCAAGAAAGUGUUUGAUAGUGGAAUGAAUUUAAUAACUAACAUGUUGAUGACGUCACUGGAUAGCUGUGUCACGCCUGCCGUGGGGGAGUCAUGUUUUUUUUUUUUUUUGUGACCCUGGACAAAUAUUUGGGGACCCUUUUGAGAGUUGCGGUGAAAUCAUGUUCCGUGCAUUGAAAUAUUCCACCCGUGCGUGAACGCGGUCGGGUCGUCGGGGAAGUGGACUUUUCGCCACCAGCUAGCAAGCCGUGUUGGUCCUGUUGUUGAGUGAGUGGAAGAAGCCGAACUCGCCCGCAGCAGCAGCAGCGAGCAGCAAGCAGCGAGCAGCGAGCACAGCCCACGUAGUCGCGCGACACUCAGCAACAACAAUGGCCAAGCGUAGUCUGUGGCGGUAGGAGCUCUGUCUCGCUCUCUCGACGGAGUCCUCCCUCCCCGAUUUCACGCGAUUCUUGUGGGAUUUGUUUUCACACCGCGGUAGCGUUUAAAAAAAAAUCGAAACGGGCAGAUUCACCUCGGUGCUUUUUUUGGGGGGGGUUUUGUUUUUGUUUCGAACCAUCUCGCAAUGUUCGAGGCGAGCCCACACGGAGGGUGCGAGUGUGUCCCCGCCGCCGCCGCCGCCGCCGCUGCUUCUUGUCGGCCGCUGGCUUGCAGCUACUAACCUAGCUGCUUUUCACACGGCGCUUAGCUAACGUUUUUUUUUUUAGCACCCCCACCCCAGUGAUUUUUAACAACGCGCCAAUGUUUUAGGUUAUUAGCGUGAACUGUUUUUAUGACAACAACAGUUCCCAACGAACUACUAUUCGUCAAAGAAGCCCGUUUGUAUGUUUGUCGCGGAAACUAGUUUGCGGGCUAGCUAACAGGCUAGCUAUUUGUGUGCGUGCGCGUGUGUGUGUGCGUGUAUUCGCGUAAGGAAGGAAAACGCCGAGUUUCCUUUUUUUUUUUUUUUUUUUUUUUUUUUGGGGGGGGAAACAAAAGUAUGGAUGAGCAGACCAGGAUGCUGACGGGUCUCACCGGACUUGGCGGACUACAGCCGGGCGACGUGGGGGACCCGGACUCGGUUCGAAAACAGCAAUCCCUCGGCCAGCCCCAACAAGACAUCGGGGAUAUCCUCCAGCAAAUAAUGGCCAUCACCGACGAGAGUCUGGACGAAGCACAGGCCAGAUGCUGGCCAGAAGAUUCGCCGGCGCAUUGGGGUGGAUCAGACGACCCCACAGAGGGAGGGAGAGCAGGGGGGGGCACAGCAGGGGGUGGCCUGCCAGUCAACUUCCAGUACAGGAAGCAUGCCCUUAACUGUCACAGAAUGAAGCCAGCCCUGUUCAGUGUUCUCUGUGAGAUCAAAGAGAAGACAGUGCUGAGUAUACGAGGCGUGCAGGAGGAAGACCCCCCAGAUCCGCAAAUCAUGCGUCUGGACAACAUGCUUUUGGCGGAGGGCGUCUCCGGGCCGGAGAAAGGCGGCGGGUCGGCCGCGGCGGCCGCGGCUGCAGCGGCGGCGGGCGGCUCGCCCACCGACAGCAGCAUUGAACACUCCGACUACAGAGCCAAGCUGGCUCAGAUUCGCCAGAUAUACCACUCCGAGCUGGAGAAAUAUGAACAGGCAUGCAGCGAGUUCACCAACCAUGUAAUGAACCUGCUGAGAGAGCAGUCUCGAACACGGCCCAUCUCGCCCAAGGAGAUCGAGCGCAUGGUGGCCAUCAUCCACCGCAAGUUCAGCUCCAUCCAGAUGCAGCUCAAGCAGAGCACCUGCGAGGCCGUCAUGAUCCUGCGCUCGCGCUUCCUUGACGCCAGACGCAAGAGGCGCAACUUCAACAAGCAGGCGACAGAGGUGCUCAACGAGUAUUUCUACUCCCACCUGUCUAACCCUUACCCGAGCGAGGAGGCAAAGGAGGAGCUUGCCAAAAAGUGUGGGAUCACGGUGUCUCAGGUCUCUAAUUGGUUCGGCAACAAGAGAAUACGUUACAAGAAGAACAUUGGCAAGUUCCAGGAGGAAGCCAACCUCUACGCAGUCAAGACAGCGGUGGACGCCGCCAACGUGUCGGCGCAAGCUAGCCAGGCCAACUCACCGGCGACGCCCAACUCAGGUGGAUACCCUGCACCGUGCUACACACCUGACGGGCGGCUAUGAGGAGCUGUCGGGCGGCGGCCUCUACACCCCUCAUCGCCUGGAUGCUAACAGCUGGCAGGACCCAACCAACCCCCCCUCCGUCACCUCCCCUUCCGCAGCUCCCGGCAGCGUCCACUCCGACACCUCCAACUGAUCCGAGCGGCCUCCGCCUUCCACCGCCUCGCCAUUUUCACCAGGGGGGAGGGGGCGGCCUCGGGUGUGUGUGGGGGGGUGGGGGGGUGCCCUCUCCCGCCGCCAUCUCGGACUCAACGGGAUCACGUCAUGAACACAUCACACUGUGCUGGAACACAGGACAGCAACGCAACCCUGGACUUCACCCCCCCCCCCCCCCCAAUUGUGAAUAUGCACGUUAUCUUCACACACAAACACACACACACGCACGCUCUUCCCCUCCGGCUACCGUUCGAUCGGUCGCUUGCUCGUGCGACCCGACUGGCGCCCACCAAAGCGGCGCCCGACUCGUCAUCAUCACCAUUAUCAUCGUCGCGUCACCCCGUUAGCAUCUUAUGAGCGUGGCUAACCAGUUAGCAGGCAAAGAAGGAGAAGAAACGUGGAUGGAACUAAUUGUCCUUUUUUUUAGGGGGGUGGGUGGGGUCACUACAGUUAUUUCUUUUCCCCCCCAUUGGCUCGUUUUUCUGAUUGUCGCCCAUUUUGCGUGUCUUUCUUUUUCUUUCGUUUUAUUUGUAAGAACGCACCAGCCGCCACCAAAAAUCCACACACACACGCUGCCAACAACGCAUCGGAGAGGGCGAGCGAGGGUGGGGGGUGAGGGGGGGGGUUCCGCUCACGACGGCGAGGGCGACCACCGCGAAUCUUCUAUGCAUGUUAGGACUCGUUCUAGACGUGUGUUCUCGUGGCCCCCCCCCCACCCCAGCCCCACUUCUCACUUUUUAGCUUGGUUUUUAAUUAAGAAAAAUGGAGAGAAAAAAACUAUCAAAGGGUAUAAAUAUUACAGUCAGACCAAAAAAUAGCAAACAAAAAAAAAGACACGAGCGUCACGCGUCGCUCACGGUUGUGUGCGUCGUCAUGGCGACGCGCACGACUUACUUUCUGUUGUACCAAAACCAAAAAUCCCACAGUCAGUAAUAUGAUGAUGAAAUCCACUAUUUUUCUGUGUCUUGCUAUGUUUUUUUUUUGGGGGGGGGGGGAGAGGGAGGUAGAAACAUAUUUUCAUUUUUCAAUGUUUACAAAUAUCUUCCCCCCGGCCAAUCAGAUGAGGGCUCCUCUGUCUCACUUUCCUUUUGGCCUAGUCACCAAAAAAAAAAAAAAAAAAAAAAUCAACAAAAAACUGAACGACUGCUCUCCGGAACAACUUUUGAGCUAUUUUUUUAACACGACUUUUAAUGUUCGAGUUAGGUCGUCGCCUUAUGAAAAUGGAAAGUAACUCAUGAUGAAACUCAGAUUAACUCAUUCACUUCCAGCCGACUUCAAACGUCGCCCGCAUUGCCAACAUUUCUCGAGCAUUUUGAAUCGCUGUGAAUAUUGUGACAAAAUAUUGGAGCGAACCUACCGAAGGAUUCUAACCUUUUUUUUUUGAUGGGGUUUUGACGUCGUUUCUACCUAAGAACUUGGGUUGGUUUCAUCAAAAGCUGAGAAAAGAACCUUUUUGGAACAAGUAAUCCAUCCGUGUGUCUUAAGAGCCGCUUAUCCUCACAAGGGUUCGCGGAAGUACCGGAGUGGAUCCCGGUUGUGAUCGGGCAGGAGGCGGGGUACACCCGGAACUGGUCGCCAGCCAAUCACAGGGCACAUUGAGACAAACAGUCACACAAUCACACCUUGGGGCAAUUUAGUGCCCAGUUAAUGUUGUGUGUUUUUGGGGAUGUGGGAGGAAACCCACGCAUGCACGGGGAGAACAUGCAAACUCCACAUGGGGGGUGGGCAGGAUUUGAACCCCGGUCCUCAUGACUGCAAGGCCAACGCUCUAACCCAGUUCCCCGGAACAAGCAAUGUCAGGCAGAAUUCAAAUCCAAAGCAACGCAACAGUGCCCCCUACUGGCGUUUGUAUUUUGGACAGUGGCGAUCAACUGUUUGAUUUCAUUUGACGAUUAUAAUCGUCCAGGGCAGUGAAUGAGUUAAAAAAAAAAAAAAAGAAUAAAAUAGCAUAAAUGACUGAUGUGAUAUCUCGACAUGUAAUUACUUAUUUCUAAAACACCAAAAUGUCAUUAAGCCCCUCCCCGCCUCCCCCUCCUCUUUUUUUUUCUACCUGUGUAAUGGAUGUCACUGUACAGUUUGUGUAAUAUUUCAUUUUUUUUCCACUUUUGACAGCUCAAAUGCAACUUUUUAUUUGGCCCGUUUUGUCACCCCCCCCCCCCACCCCAAUGUAACUCUUCUCUCACACUCGCAGGACUCGCGAUAUUAACUCUUGUCAACAUUAUUAUUAUUUUUUUUCAAUUUUUGUUAUUAUUUAGGCUUAUUGUUACAUAACCGAGUGGAAAUCUGGGGUUUUACUGCUCGGGGCAUUUGCUGCUGUGGAAAAAAUGAUGCUUCUGUGUUGAAGAAAGUGAUGGGGGCGGGGGGGCCUCCACAGAUGCAAAUGCCCCCCCCCUAAAAAUCCCUUUUGAUUCUUUUUUUUUUUUUUUCUCUUAGUAUAUUUGUAUCGCCUCUCUCUCUCUAUUUCUCUGUCUUUCUCUCCCUUGUAUUUAUCCCUCUCUACCUCUGUCUUUCCAUCUCUGUUGUAUAUAAUAAGCCCCCAAAUGUCCCCCCCCCCCAAACCCACCGCUGUUUUCAGACCCGCGCGUCUGUCUGAACUCCUUUUAUACCUCAACUUUAGAAUUGUUCUAGAAAGAAAGUUAAAAACAAAGGAAGAAUGACAAAAUGUAGUGUUCUUAUUAGAAACUUAAUAAAUACACAAAAAAAAUGUAGUGUGAUUAUUAUUUUUUUUUCUUCUUCCUUCCUUUUCUUCUACCAGUAUUUGAUUUGAGAUUUUAGGAGUGUUUGAUUUUUUUUUCUUCCUUUUUUUAAGUUGUCACAAAAAUGCUCUUGUGAUAGUCAAAUGUAAUAAAAAGGAGAGAUUGCACCAUC